AUGCUAGAGUUGAACGAAGAAGGAGAUGAAAUUUCAGGUUACAAACAGAAUUUAUGGAAAAUAAAAGAAGAAAAAUCCAUAAAAAAUUCUAUUUUUGAGCUUUAUAGCAGGCUAUACUAUAAAAAGAAUUAUGAUGAAAAAAAUAUAUUCAGACAGAAAGUUGAAAUUGUUCUAAACAGCACAGUUUGGUGCUUUCAAAUUAUGAGCUUAUUAUGAAUCCCUAGCCUUCCAGUAAAGGGCUGAAGUGAAACUAUGGUUAUAUGAGAAGCUAUUGGAUAUUUCAAGCUUGAUAAUGCAUGCUUAGAACUGGGAUUAGUUAGUGAGUGCUUUUUUAUAUCAAUUUUGAGCACCUUUAUUAUUAGCUUAGUUAUUAUGAUUUUAGUAUUUAUGAUUUAUCGCUCUUACAAUAUUCCAGAGUUUACUUUUAGAAUAGUGAAACUCUUUUUUUAUUUAUGAACUUUAUUUCUAAUAAUACCUUCUAUGGAGCUACUUACCAUUUUUCUAAAAUAUAAUUUUUGGCCUCAAAAAUAUGUCUCAGAAUACAAAAAUAAUAAUGAGAUUGGGAAGUUUGAGAUAAGUACUUUAUACCAGAUUCUAGUUGCUUUUACUAUGAUUAUUAACUUUCCUUUAUUUAUUUUUCAUACAGAAUUUUCAGGAGAAAUUCGGCAUUUUAUGAGUUGUAAAAAAAUAAAUGCAAAGGCACACUCAAAAAUUGACAAAAAUACAGCAAUUUUUACAUAUUUUUCCCCGGUUAUUUACGCGAUUUUUGCUAAGGAUUAUAUCGUUUAUUUACAAAUUUUUAUCUCAAUUAUUUCAAGUCUCCUUGCAAUAGAAACUUUAAUGUACUUACCUUAUUUCUCAUUAUACUCUAAUUGUAUAGUGAUUCUUAAGAUUUUUAUUGUUGCUUUUGUGGCAUUUUCUUUCCUUUUGGGAUAUUUGGCAGAUAAUUCGUUAGCUAUUUCUUUAAUAGCAAUACUUUUAGGUCCACUUUUGGGUGCAUUUAUAGUCAGGCUUGUUUCAAAUUUAUUAAAUAAAACAAAUAUCCCAGGUAGCUUAUCAGGAAUCAUUUCUCAGUAUGACUUGGAAAAAGCUUUCAGAUCUGCUUUGUGUAAAAAUGAUACAGAAAAUAAAGAUCAAAUAGUCUACAUGUUUGAAGCUUUUUUUAUCAAAAAUAUAUUGAAUAGAGGAAAACUUCAAAUCAUAUGAAUAACUAAUUACUGUUUUUAUACGCUAAGAGAUGAGUCUUUAGCGAAAAUUAAAUUAAGUAAGGCCAGGAGUAUUUUUGAUUGAGACCUCGAAAUUAAUUAUCAAGAAUAUUUAUGCAAUCAAAACAUAUUAAUUGCUUGCUUAGGCGAAAACACACAGUUUUCAAAUUAUUUUCAAAAACUAAAUAUGAUAAAAAGAGAAGACAAAAAGAUGUGCCUGAAUUCACUUAAAUUCUUAAAUGAAAUGGUUUCGCCCAAUCCAGAUCUUAAUAAACUAAAAAGACAUUUGAGUGUUGUUUCUGACAAGAUCUUGCUACUAAAUAAAGAAUACAGCCAAUUGACAGCAAAAUAUCCUAACAUGAGAGAAUCUCUAUCUCUUUAUGCUUCUUAUACUAGAAAUAUAAUUUAUGAUGUUGAAAAAUCAACUCUACUUGAUUACAAAUUAAAGUCCCUUGACAAGUUUAUUGAUACUUCUAUGAACGAUUCAAAAGAUUUUAGCUAUUUUAAUGAAAAUAAUGCGAUUUUAAUGUUUUCUACUGAAGAAGAAAACUUCGGUUAUUGCUUUUUUGGAAAUGAGAAAGCUGCAGAAAUUUUUAAACUUCCUUUAUCAGAAAUUAUUGGUAACAAUGUUUUAAAUUUUAUCCAUCCUCACUAUAGGAAUGAAGUUAAGAAGGUAGCUAGUUCAUACAUUUGGAGUACUUCAAGCUCAGAAAUUAAUUUUGUCGAAGGAUUUUUUUGGCAUGCUCCGUCUGCUGGUUUACUGGAAUGUGUAGGGAAAAUAGCUAUAACUUCAAUGAAUACUUUAUUUGUUGGCUUAAUAGUUUUUAAGCUAAAACCAGUCAAUCAUCAAAUUGCAUGGCUCACAGAAAAUAGAGAAAUUUGCUGCUAUACAGAUAAUUUUCCUAAAAUGAUUAAAAAAUCCUAUAUUAAUUUGGCUGGAUGCAAUAUAAGCAAUUUAUUUUCUGAUUUAAAAGAGGAUUUACAACUUUUUAUCCCUUAUCAUUUAUCAAAUUUGGAGAAAGAAACUGUUAUUAUCAUUGGCUAUUACAAUUUUUAUACAAUGAAAAUGCCUUAUGCAAUAUUGACAAGUGACUAUGAAGAAAUUAAAAAGUGAAAAAAUGAAGCUUUUAGCCAAGAAAUCCAUCUACAAAACUUACAAGAAAGUAAUUCAUUAUGUUUGAUAAGCUCUCGAGAAAAUACAUUGUUUAAUUUUGAGAGUCAAAAUCAAGAAGAUAUUUACAUAGACUCUAAAAUGAAUUUAUAUCAGUCUAAUGAUGAAUGUUACUCUGAUGCAAGUAAUAAAUUGCUAUCAGAGAAAGGUGAUGAUCAAGAUAAGCCAAAUAAAUCAGAGUAUCCUGUUCAUGAUAAAUACACUGAUUCAAUAAAAAAAUCUUCAAGAUCAACUAAUAUUUUGCAUAUUGCUUUUGGUUUAACAGUAAUAUAUAAUUAG